AUGGUCCCCAGUGAAACCCUGCAGUAUGUGGGAAUUGUACAGCUGCUUCUGCAUUUCUCAUGGAAAUGGGUUGGCCUCAUUGCUAUGGAUAACCAAGCUGGAGAACAUUUCUUGCGGACAAUGGAGCAGAUGCUGUCUGAGAAUGGGAUCUGUUCAGCCUUCACAAAAAGGGCUCCAGUGAAGAAUCAGGCAAAUACAGUGGCUGAACUGAUCCCCACUUUUUACAGUAAUAGUUCAUUUUUAUUGGACACCCAAGUCAAAGUUAUUGUUGUGUAUGGAGAAACAUCUACCAUCGUAUGGGUGGCAACAGGUAUAUGGCUAACAUCUCUAUCUGGAGGCUCUGAAUAUCUGGAGCAAAGUUCUUCAUGGAAAGUGUGGAUUAUAACUGCCCAGAUAGAUUUCUCCCUCAUAGAUUUCCAAAAAUCAUGGAACAUGGGAAUUUUUCAUGGUGCUCUUUCUUUUACACUUCACACGGAUAAGGUUCCAGGUUUUCAAACAUUUGCCAACAUUAGAAAACCUUCCUGGGCAAAGGAAGAUGGUUUUAUCAAAUAUUUCUGGGAAAGUGUCUUUGAUUGUGUAUUUCUAAGUGCCGAUAUGCAAACAGAGACGGGUAAAAUAUGUACUGGGGAGGAGACAUUGGAGAGUGUUCCAGCCACAGUCUUUGAACUACGCAUGACCGGUCACAGCUACAGUGUCUAUAAUGCCGUCCAUGCUCUUGCACGUGCCUUGCAGAAUAUGCACUCCUCAACACCCAGCAAAAAAGUUAUGGCAAACGAGGACGGGUUAGCAUCUCUGCAAGUGAAGCCCUGGCAGCUGCACUCAUUUCUGCAAAGGAUAGCGUUCAACAACAGUGCCGGAGAUGAAAUUUCGCUCAAUGAUCAUGGAGAACUAGCAGGUGGAUUUGAUAUUACGAACGUGGUCACUUUUCCCAACAACUCCUAUGUCCGGAUCAAGAUUGGGAUGUUGGAUCCUCACUCUCCUCCAGGCAAGGAGCUCACCAUUCAUGAAGACACAAUUGAGUGGCACAAAAACUUGACUCAGGUGCCUCCGCUGUCAGUCUGUAAUGACCCCUGUAAGCCAGGAUACAACAGGAAAAAGGAGGAGGGGAAGGCGUUUUGCUGCUAUGACUGUGUUUCCUGUCCAGAUGGCAAGAUAUCAAACCAAGAGGACACGGAGGACUGUGUUGCUUGCCCAGAAGAUCACUAUCCAAACAGCAAUAAAAAUCAAUGCAUCCCCAAGACCCCACAUUUCCUCUCUUUUGAAGAACCUUUAGGGAUUGUUUUCGUCUUCUUGGGUCUUUCUUUUUCAGUGCUGACAGCUCUGGUGCUUGGAAUCUUCAUUAAGCACCAGGACACUCCCAUCGUCAAAGCCAACAACAGAAGCCUCUCCUACGUUCUCCUGGUGUCUCUCCUUCUGUGCUUUCUCUGCCCACUGCUCUUCAUCGGACAGCCUCACCAGGUGACCUGCCUCCUCCGACAAACAGCUUUUGGCAUCAUCUUCUCAGUGGCUGUAUCUUCUGUGCUGUCCAAAACGGUGACUGUGGUGAUGGCUUUCAUGGCCUCAAAACCAGGAAACAUGUUCCAAAAGUGGGCGGGGAAAAGAUUGGCACAUUCUGUGGUCUUGUCCUGCUCCCUUGUUCAAGUGGGCAUUUGUGCUAUUUGGAUGUGGAGCUCCCCUCCUUUCCCAGAUCUGGACAUGCACUCAUUAACUGAAGAAAUCAUACUGGAAUGCAACGAGGGAUCCUUAACCAUGUUUUGCUGUGUCUUGAGCUACAUGGGCUUCCUUGCCACCAUCACUUUCAUCGUAGCUUUCCUAGCCAGGAAAUUACCAGACAGCUUUAAUGAAGCCAAGUUCAUCACCUUCAGCAUGUUGAUCUUCUGCAGCGUUUGGCUCUCAUUUGUUCCAGCUUAUCUGAGCACAAGAGGAAAAGACACAGUGGCUGUUGAGAUUUUCUCCAUCUUGGCCUCCAGUGCUGGGUUACUGGGCUGCAUCUUUCAGCCAAAAUGCUAUAUCAUCCUACUGAGGCCUGAGUUGAACAAUAGAGGGCAGUUGGGAAGAAGAAAGUAAUAGAUAGUCCAGCAGCUCUAUUGUUAGUUCUGUUUCUACUGAACCAUUUGAGAAAGUCAAUUCAUCCGUAUAAAAGCAAAUCUGCAUUUAUAUGUUCUGUAACUAGACUAAUUGUUUUUCUUGUGUUCCAUGGUAUAAAUGAGAAGGAAUUUUUUUUGCAUAUGCAA